CCGCCCCUCCGGGCGCGUCUUUUCCGGGCUCGCGCCGCGCCGCGCCGCGCCUCGUCCCGCCUCCGCCGGCCGUCCGGGUGCGCGCGGGCCGCUGCGGUUUUUUCUCCGGCCUCCGUGGCGCGCCCCUCCUCGCCCCAGCGCUAGCGGGCACGCGGUUUUUCCGCGGGCUUCCCGGGUGCCAGGCGCCGGCCGGCUGCGAAGACGCCGUGUGGACCGCGUCUCCGAUUGAAAUCAAAGAAGAUAGACGUGUUCUUCUUGAGAGAAAAAGGAAAUCUGUGUACUUUAUUGUCGGCUUCCAAAGAUUACUAACUUUUAUCUGUAUCAUUAAAAUUGAACUGCCUUGGCUAUACUCCUCUUACUGCUGCUUCCAUUAUUGCCUUCUUCAGCAAAAUAAGGCUUUCUGCAGCCAAAGAAUAACAAGAAAUAAACACCAUUGUAGAAGCCUUGCCACUAUGAAACUUAGGCUAAACGUGCUCACCAUUAUUUUGCUGCCUGUCCACUUGUUAAUAACAAUAUACAGUGCCCUUAUAUUUAUUCCAUGGUAUUUUCUUACCAAUGCGAAGAAGAAAAACGCUAUGGCAAAGAGAAUAAAAGCUAAGCCCACUUCAGACACACCUGGAAGUCCAUAUCGCUCUGUCACGCACUUCGACUCGCUAGCUGUCAUAGACAUCCCUGGAGCAGACACUCUGGAUAAGUUAUUUGAUCAUGCUGUGUCCAAGUUUGGGAAGAAGGACAGCCUUGGGACCAGAGAGAUCCUAAGUGAAGAAAAUGAAAUGCAGCCAAAUGGAAAGGUUUUUAAGAAGUUAAUUCUUGGGACUUAUAAGUGGAUGAGCUAUCUCGAAGUGAACCGCAGAGUGAAUAAUUUUGGUAGUGGACUCACUGCAUUGGGACUAAAACCAAAGAACACUAUUGCCAUUUUCUGUGAGACCAGGGCCGAAUGGAUGAUUGCGGCACAGACCUGCUUUAAGUACAACUUCCCUCUUGUGACUUUAUAUGCCACGCUUGGCAAAGAAGCUGUAGUUCAUGGCUUAAAUGAAUCCGAGGCCACCUACCUGAUCACUAGCGUUGAACUUCUGGAAAGUAAACUUAAGACUGCACUGUUAGAUAUCAGCUGUGUCAAACAUAUAAUUUAUGUGGACAAUAAGACUAUCAAUAAAGCAGAAUACCCUGAAGGAUUUGAGAUUCACAGCAUGCAAUCAGUAGAAGAGUUGGGAUCCAAGCCAGAAAACGCGAGCGUUCCUCCGAACAGACCAACUCCUUCGGACAUGGCUAUUGUCAUGUAUACCAGUGGUUCUACCGGCCGGCCCAAGGGAGUGAUGAUGCACCAUAGCAAUUUGAUAGCUGGGAUGACAGGCCAGUGUGAGAGGAUUCCUGGGCUGGGACCAAAGGACACUUACAUUGGCUACUUGCCUUUGGCUCAUGUGCUAGAACUGACAGCAGAGAUAUCCUGCUUUACCUACGGCUGUAGGAUUGGCUAUUCUUCUCCACUUACACUCUCUGACCAGUCCAGCAAAAUUAAAAAGGGAAGCAAAGGAGACUGUACUGUGCUGAAGCCGACACUCAUGGCGGCCGUUCCGGAAAUCAUGGACAGAAUUUAUAAGAAUGUUAUGAGCAAAGUCCAAGAGAUGAAUUAUAUUCAGAAAACACUGUUCAAGAUAGGGUAUGAUUACAAGUUGGAACAGAUCAAAAAAGGAUACGAUGCACCACUUUGCAAUAUGUUACUGUUUAAAAAGGUGAAGGCUUUGCUGGGAGGGAAUGUCCGCAUGAUGCUGUCUGGUGGAGCCCCGCUGUCUCCUCAGACACACCGAUUCAUGAAUGUCUGCUUCUGCUGCCCUGUGGGUCAGGGUUACGGACUGACAGAAUCAUGUGGUGCCGGCACAGUUACUGAAGUUACUGACUAUACUACGGGCAGAGUUGGAGCCCCUCUUAUUUGCUGUGAAAUUAAGCUAAAAGACUGGCAGGAAGGCGGCUACACAAUUCAUGACAAGCCAAACCCCAGAGGGGAAAUUGUAAUUGGUGGACAGAAUAUCUCCAUGGGGUAUUUUAAAAAUGAAGAGAAAACGGCAGAGGAUUACUCUGUGGAUGAAAAUGGCCAAAGGUGGUUUUGCACUGGAGAUAUUGGAGAAUUUCACCCUGAUGGAUGUUUACAGAUUAUAGAUCGGAAGAAAGAUCUGGUGAAGUUACAAGCAGGAGAAUAUGUAUCCCUUGGGAAAGUUGAAGCUGCAUUGAAGAACUGUCCACUAAUAGACAACAUCUGUGCUUUUGCCAAAAGUGAUCAGUCGUAUGUGAUUAGUUUUGUGGUUCCUAAUCAGAAAAGGUUGACACUUUUGGCACAACAGAAAGGAGUGGAAGGAACUUGGGUCGAUAUCUGCAAUAACCCUGCCAUGGAAGCUGAAAUACUGAAAGAAAUUAGAGAAGCUGCCAAUGCCAUGAAUCUGGAACGAUUUGAAAUUCCUAUCAAGGUCCGCUUGAGUCCAGAGCCAUGGACCCCUGAAACUGGUUUGGUCACUGAUGCUUUCAAACUGAAGAGAAAGGAACUGAAGAACCAUUACCUCAAAGACAUUGAGCGAAUGUAUGGGGGCAAAUAAAAUGCUGCUCUGUCAUUUACAGGUGUGCAGGAGGUUGUCUGGCGGUUUUUCAGUUCUAGAGUUUUAAGCCUUAUUGAGCUGUCUGUUAGAAUGUAAGGGGCGUAUCAUUCUAAAGACAUGGUAAAAAAAAAAAAAAAGAAAAAGAAAAAAAGAAAGAAACCCAAAGUGAUUAAAAUAGUCAUGGAGUCUACUUAGUUUUUGCCUAGUUCUCAUGAAGCUGAAAUUGAAAAGUUGUUUCCCGUUAGCUGUGUCAUUAAUUUUAGAGCAAAAAUUCUGUUUUUAAAAAUUAGCCUACCAUCUGCUUGCUCUCUUAAAGGAAAAUAUUGAAUGUUGAACAAAAUAAACUGGAGUUGGUGUAGAAUGUAGUUUGAGGUAAUUUGCAUCUUCCAAUGUCUACUGUCUUCCUAGUUCAGAAGAAGCUUAAAUAUUAAGUAUGACAAAAGAAAUAUGUACUAACACUACUUCAAAGCAGAAGUGUUGCAGGGCUUUAAAAUUCUCUUCCAACAAUUUAUCUUGAAGGCAAAAUUCAAUCAUAAUCUACAGAAUCAAACAGUACCUUGGAAACCAUUUUAGGAUUCAUAAUUGUUGGCAUAGGUUAGACAUAGAAUCAUUGUAAUGUUGUGAAUAAUUACAGUGCCUGAAGUCUGAAUACAACAACGUUAAAUGCACCAAAAAUUACUUAGUGAUAUAUUUAAAGGGAAAUUGGUUUUUUUUUCUUUUUUUGGAAACUCAGAGGUCUGAAAUCAGUAACUGUAAUUAUUGGAAUGACUUAAGAGUAAAGUACAUUUUGAAGAAUGUCGAGAGCUGUCUUUCUAGGUUUGUUCAAAAGAAAGGACUGAGACCAUGGGUAAAAUGGUAAAAAGUGAAAUCACAUUUUAACAGGAAGUAUUUUUAUUUUCUGUGUUCAAAAAGGUGAUGAAAUCCAUUAGAAUUACCACCUGGGAAAGGAUUUCAGUUCUGGAUUUAUCUUUGAUAACAGGGAUUGAUUUGAAAGUGUACUCAUAUUAAAUUAGCCUUGUAAUUUAAGGUCUGCUUGCUGUUGCUGAUUUGAUUCAUUUAGCUUUAAUUUGAGCAAAGCGGGUGAUGAUGAAUGACCUCCCCAGUAUUUUGUUUGAAUCUCUGAAUGAUUUGCUCGGAGGAGUUUGGGGAAGUUAAAGGGAAGGAUACACUGUUACCCCUAUUUUCCUGUUUGUGGGAAGAGUUGAGAAACUGGAAAUGCUAGAUCAGGGAAAAGGGAAGAUACUCAAUAAGGGACUGAUAACUUGUGCAGUAACUUGGCAAUGCGGGCUUCUUUUUGAAUCUUUCAUUAAGAUCUGGGAUUCUACAUCUGACAGAUUUUCACACUUGAACCAUAGUUACUGUAAAAAGCAAAACUCCUUAAUACUGUUAUUCUUUGCACUUUUUUCUUAAUCAUUAUAUAUAUAUAUAUAUAUAUAUAUAUAUAUAUAUAUAUAUAUACAUACACACACAUAUAUGUUGCUGACAUUGCUUUGUACAGACAUGGGCCACCACUGCAACAAAAUACAUUCUUUUUGCUCUAAGAUAUUUAUAAUGAAAAUAUUUAAAUGUUCUGUAUAUGGUGGUGAAAAGGAAAAAAUAGUCUGGUGUUGUUAUAAGCAAGAAUGAAGGUUUUUGUUGAGAUUUCUGUUCAGUGUUCUGCAAUGUCAAAUUCAAGGCAAGCACUCUCUGAAGUUAUGUGUAUGUGAGUAUUGUCAUUCUUCCCGACUUGCCUUUGAAGAGUGAAUAACCAUCAUCAUCAAGUAGACUACUGGUCAGCUUCUGCUGUUCUGGCCCACUGAUCCUUUAAGGAUGAUUUCCUUAGAUCUUUUAUUCAAUAUGUGAAUUCCGCCCCCCCCCCCAUUUGGAAUGGUGAUUUUAAAUAUGUGAAUGCAUGCAUACCCCAGUGUCUUCACCCCGACCCAUUCCCAUCUCCAGAAAGCUAGAACACUGCCAACUAAUCUGUUGUAUAGGUCCUUUAGAAACAUGGAAUUAACACUUCAAGUUGGGUGCUGCUAAUUCUUUGGGAAAAUCCAAAUAUUGUUAAGGGACCAGGGAGAUGCCACUACCCCCUGAUUUUUCAUCCCCCCCCCCCAAAAAAAUAUAUAUAUAUACAUGUUUAUGUAAACCGGUCUUUCCAUGUUCAUAGUGACUUUUCGAGUAUUUGAGGCUAAAGAUUUUAAUCCUACAUUUUUAUACCUAUUUAAAUUGUUCACUGUUAUUCUGACAUGUCAGCUGUUGUACUUAAAGAUUUUACUACAGUUCUGUAUAUUUCUAAAUCGAACACUUGUGACUUUUGCUUUAAUUACAUGAAAAUAUCUUGCCUCCUUGAUACUUGUAUUGCUUCUUUCUUGUUUUUCUUCCUAGAGUGGAAGGAUAUAAUUGUAUGGCUUUUCAAAACCUAGAUACAGGUGAAUGAUUCAAAGAGUCAGAAGUUAAGGAGAAUAAUGUUUCUUUGGGGCAUAAAGACUGAUUCAUAAUAAUCCUUGCCUAUGUUUUCCUGAUAGCACAUGACAAAUGUCUCUGAGGUGACAAGAAGAAGACAGGUUAAUGAUUGUGUGGUAUUUGGAACUUGGAGAGAAAUAUUUUAAUUUUCAAAUGUAGUUACAAAUGAUAAUGUAUUCAUAUUUUGUACUUUCUGUUAAAAAUGCACGAUCGCAGGAUUGUUACUUUGAUUUUUGUGUUUAUUCCUAAUGAAAAACUUGGUUUGUUCUUGUUUUUAAGUUUGCACUCGAAUCUUAAGAAAUAAAACCAUCCAUAUCAAGCCA